GUAGUAGAACAAAGACGUUCAAUAUGCAAGCUGGAAAAACCUUUUUUAAUCAAGACACUCCAACGCUAGUUCUGCGAAGUCUGUUUGAAAAGUAUGACAAAAACAGCAGCGGAUUUUUAGAAAGAAAUGAGCUGAAGAUAUUGCUUGAAGACGACCUUGGACUAGAUUCGGGACAAAGCGAGGUUUACACACUACUGCUGGAUAAAAAUGGUGACCAUAAYGUCAGUUUUGAGGAGUUUAAAGCAUGGUUUCGAAGCGAGGAAAGRUUUCAAAACAUCGACAAUCCAUCGAAAUACGACAUCCUGUGCCAGGCUGUGGCUUAUUUCAAGAACUUUGAUGCCGAUGACAGUGACACGUUGAAUCAUGAUCAGUUUARARACUUCAUGGUAUCCCUUGGAUACGUCAAUCAAGAUGACAUAGCGARGGCAUUUGACGUCAUUGAUUGUCAUGGCAAUGGCAUCAUAUCUUUCUGGGAGUUUUUGAAAKGGUUGAACUGGAUUCCUUUAUAAUGGACGAAUAGAAAACAUCGUAUGCUUAUUGACGAUAUUGAAACACUCAAUUUAYGCACUAUUGGGAUUUGAAAUUAUAAGUAAUGUAAACUCUCUGUAUAGUUGAAUUAUKAGGGCAAAGCUUUUUGUAUAUCUAAAACUGCAAAAAAAA